UUUUCUUGGAACUGCUUGGAUGGCGCUGUCGCACGCAGAGAAGCGCCGACUCAAGAAGAAGGGCAUCGUCGCCGUCGAUGAAGUCACUGCUUCUAAAGGUAACGGUGGAGAUGCGCCAGCGAGGUCUCAAGAAUCUACUCCCCCUGAGCAUCCGUCAGUAUCCAAGAAGCGGAAGCAAUCGUCGCCAGCUACACAUGACGUUUCUGACGCCACCGUGAAGAAGCGCCGACGAAAACGUCCACGUGCCAAGAAACGGCAAGUACACAGCUUCACACCGUCGCCCAUUACAACGCUGUCGUCGAUUGGAUCAGGGAAUAUCUCCGUGACGCCUGCAUGGUUGCCACCUGCCACGGUUGCGAGAAUUCGAUGCGAUGCUGAAGCGUUACGUGGUGCAGGAGCGUUCACUCAAAGUGCCAUUGGCGGUCGAGAGGGUGAAGCCCAGAAAAUGGAGUUGAGAAAACGCCAUUCGGAGUGUUGUGGCCUGUUUGACGACGCGGAAGCCGCCGGCAAAGACGUGGGAGACGUCGCCAUCCGCAACGCUCUCAUGGACGCGAUCAGUGACCUGCGAGAAACCCUCAGUUCAAACGUGCAACCUUUGGCUGAUGUCAUGGAGCUCCAGUAUUUGUACUACCCUGGUGGUGGCAAAGGAUUUUACGGCAAGCACAUUGACCAGCAGCACCACGUUCCCGGAAAAGUGCACCGGGUCAUUUCGAUGGUGCUGUACCUCAACGAUGCGAACUGGAACUCAGCUGAGGAUGGCGGCGCGUUGCGCGCAUACCCAUCCAAGAAGACACCCCCCGUCGACGUCGAUCCUGUGGGUGGGACUCUGGUGCUGUUUGACAGCGGUAAACUCUUGCACGAAGCCAUGCCGACGCUGCGAGAUCGAUGGGCACUCGUGGGUUGGUUCAUGGCAGCUGGGUCGGCCUAACUCCCACAUCUUCGUCACGUAAGCGACACCGAUGCGUGGCAGACACAGUGGGGACGACCACGUGGAACAUGAAAAAUUAUCAACGCUUGGGGAUCGAACCCCGGUACCCCCAGCUUUUUAAACUGCGUGGAAGAACGCUAACGUGGGUCGCAAGCGGGAUGGCACCGUGGCGAUUCCCAUGCCAAUGUCGAGCACGUACGCUGCACGUGGU